AUGGUAUUGGCACUAUUGAGGCAUUGGUAUAGGCAUCUGGUAUUAGGCAUUGUAUUAGGUGUUGGUAUUAGAACAACAUUUCUGCAACACAUUAAUUUAUUUUCAGAAUAUCGUGUUCCACCUGGUGAAUACUGCAGAGAGGACACAGACUGCAUUGAAGGACUAAAAUGUAAGAGAUUAGAGUGCACUUGUCCAAGUGGUUGUAAAUAUGUUGCAAAGAAAAUGUCUUGUGACUGUGGAGAUGUUGAAACUGAGGUAGCACCAAUUAUUGUUGGAGUCCUUCUAGGUGUGAUUAACGUUUCUUUCUGGUUCUGGGCAAUAAGGAGAACCAUUGUGAAGCACAAGGAAAAAAUGAAACGUCUUUCAUAUAGCACAGCCAUUAAUAAUGAAGAGAUGUCUGCACCUUAUCCCCUUUCACCUGUCCAGUCCUCUGACCAAACAGUUGCAGCCACUGCAUCCUUUGCCAGUAGAACAGCUGGCACACCUAUCCGAGAAGAUAGGGGCACUUCCACACCCUAUCCCAUAUAUCCCCCAACAGCACCAAACUAUCCUGUAAAUCUAGAAUUGGAUAAUCCUCCAUCAUAUGAAGAAGUCAUGUCUACACCCCAGCAUAAACCUAAGCCAUCAAGCCUGCAAAAUGAUCCAGAUCCCCCUCCAUACAUUUCUUUGUCAAGUGGCACUAGGCAGUCUUCAAGUCCUUCACACUCUCCUUCAUCGACACCAUAUCCCAAUAGUCCUACAGCACCACCAUAUCCAAUUAGUCCUCAGGUUCAGCUGCGUGAUGAUCCAUCAAGACCGUAAACAUGUGGGAAAAUUAAAUGCAACAAAAAAGUUUGGAAAUGCAUUUUAACCUUUUAUCAAAUAUUGUUGGCUGAAUAUUAUUUGUUGCAGAUCCCGUAUAGGGAAGAAACAGCUAGGCAGAACCUAUUUACCAAGUGGGCCGAAAGACAGGAAAGCAUGGUCUGUUAGCCCCAACGGUUGGCGGAUAGUGAUAUCUGAACAAUAAAUGGCGCAGUGUCGUCUGUUUAAUAUUGUGAAACGUCACUAGUUCAGACUGGUAGGAAAGGGAUUGUCUUUUUUGGUAAUUUUCUGGAAUAUGUCCACCAAGUGGAUCGCGGCAAUUUCGGUAUCGCUGAAUUCCUCUCACUGUCUAGUUGCCAAACAUAUAGAAAUUAUUGCGCGGGAAACGCCCCACAUCCUUGGCCCCGAUAGCUGGGGAGGGCAUGAGAGGUACCAGGGAAAUUGCUGUGUAAAAUGUAGUUGAUAUACAUAGAAUUAGUUACUAUAUUGUCUAAUGUGCUGCAAGGUCUAUAUAAGUACUUAUAUAGACCUUGGGGUGUGUGCCCCCUGCAACACCCCCAUGGGGGCUGCCGCCCCCUACCCCCUCCUCGCUCCCACAUGGCGGUGAUCUGUUCGUGCUUGCCGUAAAUACGUGGAUUCUUUGUUUUCCUGGGUGGGGUUUAGGGGACGGCAGCCCCAUAUGGAGGGGUCGCAGGGGCAUCAGGCAACACAGUGACUAAUUCUGUGUAUAUCAUUUACAUUUCACCCCGCAAUUUUCCUGGUAUCUUUCAUGCCCUCCCCUGCUAUCGAGGCCAAGAAUGUGGGGGUUGAGGAGGGUUCCGCACAAUAAAAGCUACAUAUUUACAUUGUAGACGGUAAGAGGAAUCCAAAGAUACAGAAAAUGUUGUGAUCCGUUUGGGGGACGUAUUCUAAAAAAUUAACUUUUGUUUUUGCAUGUUUUAUGCUUCUUAUUCUGAUUUAAUUGUAGACCUGCUUUCAUUAAUACUAUCAUUUAUGACCUGGAAUCAAAAUAAAGAUUUUUUUU